AUGUUCGAGCCUGCGGCGGACAUCAUCAAGAAGUGGGACGCGGCCAAGGCCGAGGUCGGCGAGGGCGGAUCCAGCACCGACGAAACGGAACCGACUGGCAUCUCGAAGAAGGACAAGUUCAUGACGAAGUUGCUGCUCCAGCAGACUCAGCUAGUGCUCGCGGCGGGCAUCCAGAACUACCAGAAGGUCGGGAAGGAGGCGCGCGCCGCGGUCGAGCCCAUCGAGUUCGAGGGAGUUCGCGCAGCAGUGGCCCAGGGGCCGCAACCAGCCGAGUCGAAGGAGGCGCUGCGCCUGGUGGUCGAAUCCGGCAAGAGUUCGAACAACAAGGAAGCGAAGCUCAAAGCGACCCGCUGCUUCGACUAUCAGACGAAGACAGACGUCGACGGCAAGACGGUGGAAGAAACCAAGUGGGUAUUCGCUGAUAUGUCACAUCCUCCACUCAUGCAGGCUAUGUGCUGCAUGAGGGAGAACGGCGGCCUGCAGUCAGUGAUUGCCGCGCUCGAGGACGACUCCGCCCCGAGGAGCAAGGCCGCGAAGGAGCUCGAGAGGACG